AUGGAUAAGCUGAAAGCAGUGAGAGGAGGCCACAGAAGCGCCGUAACCAGACAGAUUCACAAAACUGACGAGAAAAUCAACGAAGGAGAGAUCACCCGACGGGACAUUCAUAGUGCCAUUGAAAACCUUGAACGUAAACAUGAACUUUUGCAGAAACUAGACGCUGAAAUAUUGGAUUCCUUGGAUGCCGAAAGUGUGGAACAGGAAAUUUUGGAUGCAGACGAAUUUAAUCAGCAUAUAGACAUUAAUAUUCGCCGCUACAAAGAAUGUGAUUUGGAGUUGAGAUCAAGUACACCUCAGGACUCGGUGAGUCAAUUAACCUCAAGUAUCGUACAAAAUACUAGUACAACGCAUUCAUCUUCAAAUAAUUUCAAUCAGAAUACAAAUCAGCACAUGCAAACAUCGACAAGUGCAAACUCACAAGGAGAAUAUGAGAUCAACAGAGAUCCGCCAUUAAAUGAAACUUAUAAGUUCUAUCACAAACUUCCAAAACUAGAUUUGCCGACUUUUUCGGGAGAUUUACUUCUAUGGCAAACUUUCUGGGAAUCGUACGAAACUACUGUCCAUACAAACCCAUCAUUGACGAACGUACAACGUUUCACAUAUUUGAAGGCCCAGCUUCACGGAGAAGCGGAAAGUUGCAUAUCGGGAUUGUCACUUACACACGCAAACUAUGAGCAAGCAAUUUCAUUACUACAAGCGCGAUAUGGUCAACAAGGAAUCAUUAUUGAUGCACAUAUGCAAAAACUAGUCGAUUUGCCAAACCCCACAAUGUCAUUAAACAGUCUCAGAACAUUCUAUGACAAAGUUGAAACUAGUAUUAGAGGCCUAGAAUCACUAGGACAGUGUCAAACAAAUUUUGGAACAGUACUUACACCCAUCAUCUUUAGAAAACUACCACCGGAAUUGAGAACUACAUUGACAAGAGAGCAUGAUACAAGUACAUGGACCAUAGACUUACUACGGAAGGCUAUAGGUAAGGAGCUGCGCGCUCAACAAGCUGGCCACGCUAUGAACACAGAUAAUUUAACCCCUACCGCAUCGUUUGUAACAAAGGCUACAAUGAAAGGAAAUUAUAGACAAGUAAAUAGAGUACACACAAACUUCAGGAACAACACUGAAUCGAAUAAACCCAAGCCAUGCAUAUUUUGCAACAAAUCCCAUUCAGCUGUUGAUUGCUCAGAGAUUAAAGAUAAUGCCAGUCGUUACGAAAUAGUCAAGAAAAAACAACUUUGUUUCAACUGUUUUGGUAAACAUAAGAUAUCAGAAUGUAGAUCACGAUAUAAAUGUCGUAAAUGUGACAAGAGACAUCACACUGCUCUAUGUAAUCAGGAAAUUCAAGCACCUGUACCUCCCGCUGAUGCCGCCGCUGUCAAUACAGUAAAUGUUAAUGGAGAAGAAAGUAACCCUUUGUCAACGUUUUACACGUCAACACCACAAGCACAGGCACAUACCGAGAUACUUCUUAAGACAGCAGUAGCACCUGUAUGGUUCGAGGAUCGGAGCGCGAUGUCUAACAUUUUACUAGAUGAAGGGUCUCAGAAAUCAUUUAUUUCAGAAGAUUUAGCAGCACAAUUACAACUUAAACCUUGUGGAAAUUCUACAAUUAGUUUAUCAACUUUUGGAAACGCCAACCAGAACGUGAGACACAUGGAUAAGGCUCAGAUUACUUUAGAAAUUGAAACUGGUGGAUUUAUUCCUAUGGAUGUACUGAUAGUACCGCGCAUUGCCGCACCCCUCAGUAAUGUUACAAAUGUCAUCGCUUCAAAACUGCCAUAUCUCAAAGGAUUACGAUUAGCUAACCCAGUCACAGAGGAUAGGAAAUUUGAACUUUCUCUUUUAAUUGGAGCGGACUACUAUUGGAGUAUUGUGCAGGAUCACGUGAUCAGAGGAGAUGGGCCAACGGCCGUAAAAUCCCGUUUGGGAUACUUGUUGUCAGGACCGAUGCAUACUUUUACAGGAGAACAAUCAUCAACAGGAAUGUUUAAUGUACUGAUUCAACAUCAGCAAGAGGAAAGCAGCCUGGAAAAGUUUUGGGAUUUAGAAUCUAUUGGUGUCAAAGCAGACGAAUUAGAAACAACCACCAUGAAAGACUUCAAUGAUGAAUACGAAACAAAAUGCAUAACUUACCAAGAUAAUCGCUAUACCGCAAAACUGCCAUGGAGAAAUGAUUUCAAUGAGUUACCUACGAACUAUAAUGUCACUUUACGCAGAACUUGUAAUAUGAUCGAUAGACUCAAAAAGGAUACCAACAUGCUGAAAAUGUAUGGCGACAUAAUUAAGGACCAAAAACGCCGAGGGUUCAUUGAGCGGGUAACAGAAAAUGGAAACCAGUCAAACAGAAUUCACUACAUUCCUCACCAUGCAGUAAAAAAGGACUCAUCUACGACUCCUAUACGUAUAGUCUAUGAUUGUAGUUGUCACGAAUCACCUCACAAGGCUAGUUUAAACGAUUGUCUCAUGUCAGUUCCGCCGAUGUUAAACGAUUUGACGGGAAUUUUAGCUAGAUUCAGAUUACACAAGCACGCAGUGACUACCGACAUAGAGAAAGCGUUUUUGAAUAUCGAACUGGAUAAAGAAGAUAGAGACGUCACAAGAUUUUUUUGGUUGAGUGAUCCAUCUGACCCAGACAGUCCACUGAUAACUUACCGUUUUAGAGUCGUUCUAUUUGGAACUACAUGCUCACCUUACAUCUUGAAUGCCACCCUUAUGAAGCACUUCAAACUCAAUUCUUGUAAAACAGCCGAGAUACUGAAAAACGACCUGUAUGUUGACAAUGUUUUGUCAAGCUUCUGGGAUGAGAAAGAAAUGCUGAAAUUCUACAGAGAAUCGCGAGAUUUAUUGGCAAGAGGAGGAUUCAAUCUGAGAUCAUGGACGUCAAAUAGCACAGAAUUACUACGCUUAGCCCAAUCUGAAAAAUGCAUAGAAAGAGAUACGAACAUCAAAAUUCUUGGUCUCCGUUGGAAUGUGAACAACGAUCAAAUCUCGUUUCGAAACAACAUAAAUACAACAACGGAAAGGAUAAUAACAAAACGUGAGAUCUUAAAACAAUCUUCAAACAUUUAUGAUCCGCUAGGUCUGCUUAGCCCCGUCACCGUCAGAACAAAGAUGUUAAUGCAAUUGUUGUGGAAAGAAAAGUUUGCAUGGGACUGCCCUUUACCAAAAGAAAUCGAAUCAACAUGGAGUGAUUUGACCAAAGAUCUACAAUUUGCAAUGAACAUUGAGAUUCCUAGAUGUUAUUUUGAGUGUUCAGGAAUAACGGACAUUGAAACAGCAGAAUUACAUAUUUUCACAGAUUCAAGUCAACUAGCUUAUGGAACUUGUGCGUAUCUUGUCACAGAAAAGGAGUCUGCAUUAAUAAUGGCAAAGAAUCGAGUUGCCCCAUUGAAAAGUGUCACUCUACCUAAUCUUGAACUGAUGGCUGCCCUUUUAGGGGCUCGACUUGCGAAACAUCUUAUUCAAAAUCUACAUAUUGGAAACUUACAAAUCAACUUCUGGUGUGACAGUCAGAUCGUUUUGAAAUGGCUUCAAUCAACAAAACCACUCAAAAAGUUUGUCGCAAACAGAGUCAAGGAAAUUAAGGAGUCAAAUGAAAAUCAAAAAUGGCGUUAUUGUCCGACGGAUGCAAAUCCUGCAGAUUUAUUAACUAGAGGCAUAACAGGAACGAAAUUCAUAAACAACAGAUUAUGGUUUCAUGGACCCGAGUGGAUAACAGACAAAACACAAUGGCCAACAUGGAGCGGAAACGAAAUUGUUGAAAACGAGAAUAUAAUGGAGAUUCCCACUAAUGAAACCUCAGAAAAACAGCACGUCUUACUCACAUCUCAGAAACGUCAAGAAUUUGGCAUACAUAAGAUUAUGGAUAUCGAACGUUAUAGCAGUUUGAAGACAUUAAUACGUGUUACAGCCUAUGUGAUGAGAUUUAUACAAAACUGUAAGUUAGCACGGAGUGAUAGAACAUUGUCGGAAUUGACCGUUAAUGAAAUACAGCAUGCUACAUUGACAUGGAUACAAACGGUUCAGAAAUCAGAAUAUCAUGAAGUCUUUAAUUAUUUCAACAAAUCUGUGACAGUUAAGCCGUCUAUUGUAAGACAAUUCAACUUGUACUUUGAUGAAAAAAAUGCACUUCGUUGCCGCGGGAGAAUUCAACAUGCACCUUUGGAGGAAUCAGCUAAACAUCCAUACUUGUUACCUCCGUUACAUAGACUCACUUCACUCAUUAUUAUGGAUGCUCAUAUCAAUCAUUUACAUGAAGGCGUCAACUCUACCGUAACACACUUGCGACAAGUAUACUGGAUACCUCGAAUUCGUCAACGAGUCAAAGUUAUUCUUAGAAAAUGCGUUAACUGUUGGAAAGUAACAGGGCAUGCUUACCAACAACCUGAUCCACCGCCACUGCCCAAAGAGAGGUUACACGAGGAUAUACCGUUUACUGUUACAGGCGUAGACUUUGCUGGUCCUAUGUAUGUGCGAAAUACAGAUGAUAUAAAAUCAAAGGUAUACUUAUGUUUGUUUACAUGUGCGUCGACGAGAGCUGUUCAUUUAGAACUUGUGAAUAACUUAUCAGAACCUACAUUUAUGUUAGCCUUCAGAAGAUUCGCAAGCAGGAGAUCCUUACCGAAGUUACUAAUAUCUGACAAUGCACUAACUUUUGAAGCAGCCAGUCGAGAAAUCAAACAUCUUACAAACUCAAAUUUAGUGCGCGAAAGUCUAAGCUCUACAGGAACAAAUUGGAAAUUUAUUACAAAGAAAGCUCCGUGGUUUGGUGGUUUCUAUGAACGGUUGAUUGGGUUAACGAAAAUGUGUUUGAAGAAAGUAUUAGGAAGUAACUGUGUCGAUUUAGAGACUUUACAAACUGUGUUAACAGAGAUCGAAGCAACUCUCAAUGAUAGACCUCUAACGUAUGUUUCAUCCGAUCUUACGGAUCCAGAACCACUGACACCAUCACAUCUUUUGUAUGGUCGAAAAAUUACGCGACUUCCGUAUCCAGAUAGUGAAAACAAUGGACAUUUUGAACCAAUUAACUUUAACAAACGUGUUCAAUUACAAAGAGACAUUCUAAACCACUUUCAACAGCGAUGGAAAUAUGAGUAUUUGACCUCAUUACGGGAACAUCACAGAAGUGUCGGAAAUAACGAACAAUCGAUAGCUAUUGGUGAUGUUGUUCAAAUACAUGACGAAACUUUAAGAAAUUCAUGGAAACUCGCCGUUGUCGAAGAACUCGUAAAAGGAGAGGAUAAUCUUAUCAGAACUGUAAAACUUCGCACUAAAAACGGAACCACCAACCGCCCAAUCACGAAAUUAUACCCAAUCGAAGUGAACUGUAUUGAAUCUGAACCGGAGGAUGUUACACGACCCAAGAUGUUCCGUCAGGCGAAGUCAGAUGCUGUACAAAAGAUUCACGAGUGGACAAAAUAA